UCCAGCGUUGAUACUAUCCCGCGCUGUGGGUUCGGGUGUCUGAGCAGAAACGGUGGGUGGGUGGCUUGCGGGGGUCGCGUUGGUGGAGAUAAGUAGAGGCAGGAUUUAAGCCAAAAGCGACGUUUGAAGAUGCCUCAUUGCUUGUCAGGGGGAUCCUGGGUGGUGGGGUAUGUGAGGCAUGCGGCCAGGCCUGCCGGCGACAACUAAUAACACUGUCCACAAUGACCGCAACUGGUACCUGUAUUUUAGCUUUGAGCACCUGUGGCCUGGCCAUCAACUCACCAUGUUCCUGGCGCGCCUGACUUCACAGCUGGUCAGGGCUGUUCCUUGGGCAGGUUUCAGUCGUUCCUGGCCUGGCUCUGGGAUGAUCGGAAGCCAUGCUUUUCGACCCCUUUACAGUUUGCAGCCUGCAAGCCUAAGUCGGGCUGCCUCCCUCCCUGGUAAGGGGUACCAAUUGAAGCUUGAGGAGUUCCUGGUCCCCAGGAAGAUGUCCAUCAGUCCACUAGAGAGCUGGCUGACUGCUCGAUACCUAUUGCCCAGACUGGAUUUUGGGGUUCCAAUGACUGUGGUUCCCUCCCACUACUACAAGUGUCCGCCCAGCCAGGAGGAGGAAGCCAAGCAGGGAGUCAGGGACGUCUGGGAUGCCACUCCAGUGCAGUGCAAAAAUGUGCUGAAGAUCCGAAGACGGAAGAUGAACCACCACAAAUACCGUAAACUGAUCAAGAGGACACGGUUUCAACGACGUAAAGUCCAGGAAGGACGUCUGAAAAGGAAGCAGAUCAAGUUUGAGAAAGAUUUGAAGCGCAUCUGGCUGAAGGCAGGCCUGAAGGAAGCCCCUGAGAGCUGGCAGACCCCAAAGAUCUACAUGAAGAACAAAUGAGCCUGGGGUCCCAUCCCUCUGAUCCUCUUCCUGCUGCUGACCCAUUAUAAUAAACGUUGGAAGUUCUGAGUUA